AUGGUAAAAUCGUGCCGCAGCUCAACUAGGGGCUCCGCUGCGCAUCUAUAUCUUGGAACGAAGCAGAUUAUAGGGUGCAUUUUCGAAACAGCUUCUAAGACAAUGAGUUUCGAGUGUAAGUCGUGUGACGUUAGUCAACAGGGCGGGGUGUUGAUAGGCGUUGCUUGUUCUCUCUUAAUAUUCGCCAUAUGUUUCAACGUCGGGAUUGUGGCAUUGGAAACAGACGUGUUCUCCAAUAUGUUCCGAAAAUCUCCAAGCCUUCCAUCCAAUAAAUAA